UUGCGUUAAAGAAUGAAAUGAAUAAGAAAAUAUGGCAAAGUAAACAACAUGGCGUAUGUGUUGUCUGAUAAUGAUUUUUCGGAUUCUUCCCAAUUUUCGGUAAAUUGGGAAGAGCAUUACAAUGACAAAAAUGAUAAAGCAGAUAUUCCAAUACCUCAAUACCAAAAGACUACAAAUUUAGCCCAAAACAUAUUAAAUAGACAGUUAUUCGGUAGAUUUGCUAAGAAUCCUAGAGCAAAGACUGAAAGAGUAUUCAAUACUAUCCACGCGAAUUGUAAAUUCGAUUUAUAUUCUUUGAUAGAAAACGUUGAUUCGCUCAAUCACAUUUAUAUGGGCUUCACAAUGUGCGGCCGGUAUUUUGUAAGUUAUACGGAAAAAAUAAGCGAAGACCCGGGCUCGAUGAGCUUCACAUCGUCGGAAUACGAGCUAUACCUGUGGAGAUUCUGUCCCGGAAAGAGACUUAGGUUUAUAUCGAAGCACAAAAUAUUCAAGCAUUUAAAAGACUUCAACAUACUAAAUAAGGUUAAAUUCAUGCAAUUUCCCGGGGAUUUGUAUAAAUUAGUGUGCUACUGUUUAUCUACUAACAAUCCAGAUUUAAUAUACGUAACGAUUUUAACGUUGCCAGCGCCCGAGAAUAAUUGCAGGCAUUGUAACAACAUUUUCUCGAACACUGACGAAUCGGUGAACCAAGGUUGGUGCAACAAGCACGGCUUCAUCGUCCAUUUUUUAUUCUCGAUGGCCCAACCGACUCCUGUAUUCGAUCCGAGCAUCUCCCUAGCCUACCCCAAUCAUUUAGUCAUAAACACCGGCCAUCACAUACACAUCCUAAACGUAACGACAUCCGAGCCGCCCCAGAUACCAAUAUCCUUAUUGAAUCUAUCGAAAGAUGAUGAUACGAUGAUUAAAGUAGCGAAUAAUACCCCCACGCACACGUUCAACGAUACUUUGAGCGAGUUAUCCGAAUCGGCCAGUGAACACUUCGGUUCGAGCAGUUUAGUCGAUGCUAUAUUAGAAGAUUUCAGCGAAUACGAUUUGGAAUCGAACGAAUGCAACAAACCUUUCCACGAAUUGAACAUCAGCUGCGAACCGUUGAACGUAACGGGCAAAAGUUACCACAACACUUUAGUGCAGAACAUAGUCGAUCCGCGAGUGAAGCGAUUGCAAGGCAACAGCAAAGACUACCUGUUCUCGGUACCGCAAUGCUCCAGCGCGCAGAAGACGCUCGAGAAGACGAAAAUCGCCGAGAAGGCGUACGAGUUCAUCGAAGAGAACGAAAAGUACGAGAAAAUCAGCUCGUUUCGCAAGAAACGCCUGGCCGAGAAGAAGUACGAAUUCUCGGAGGACAACAGCGAGAACAUCGUGCCGUUCAAUUCGCUGCGCCGCGACCGCCGCUACCUGUACAAGUCGCAGGGCCGUUGCAUCCGAUCGCCCGACUUCAAUUCGAUCUUCCUCAGUCCGCGCUCGAGCAGCAUCCGCUCGCCCGCGCAGUCGCCCAAGUCGCGCAACGGCCAGUUCUCGCCGAGCGGGGCGCGCAAUCUCUACUGCCCGUCGUUGCGCAACUCGCCGCAUCACUCGAAGUCGCCCAUCAGCCCGAGGGAGAGCGCCCGGAAGUUCUACGUGUACUCGCCGAGCCUGGACAGCGACUGCUCCGAUUCGGACUCGAGGCUGAUCAUGCGGACGGCUUGGGGCGCUGGUUCGGGCGAGAGGAACACGGGAUUGUUGAUCGUGGAUCCCAAAUCGGAGGCGCCCAAGUGGAUCAAGAGGAUCGUGAGGAGGUAUUCGAACGGGGAUUUCGAGAACGGUAGUUUGGUGUCGGGGCAAAGUAGAGAUGAUUUUAAUAUACCGAUCGAGAUACCGUUGUUGGUGCAGAAUUUGAUCGAGCAACAAUUGGAUGUUAUACCGGAUUUUAAGGCUGAUCAAACGGCGGAGACGCAGUUGUUGGUUACGCAAAGAUCGUUCGAUUGCGAGAUGUUUGUUCAACGUACAGCACAGAAAUUGUGCGCUGAAGUCCAAUUGGAUUUCGUGUAUUGCGAAGACUAUGAUAUUAGAAUAUUAUACAUUUGUCCGAUAAACGGCCAUAUAAUUUGCCAUGUUCUGAUUAAAUUAGGCGCUCGAAAGGGUUCCGAUAUGCGAUUGGAGCACUACAAAACGAAUUUUCUCUUCACGUGGAGCAUCGACAACGACGCCUUUAACGUUAUCGAUAACAAACCAUGCAAGUUGUUACCGAUCGAUGUGCCUCUGGAUUAUCCGGAAUUCGAUAUUCCUAAAAGUAGCGAAGUUCUCGACAUGGAUUAUACCUCGACAUCGAAGCGAGUACUCAGGGAUUACGAUAAAUAUUUUGAAAUUUGUUUAGAAUUAAGUAACUCGUCCGAUCAGAUAUUUGAUCAAGAAUACUCGAGCGAAAGCGAUUGAAUUUCGCGGUGUUAUGUCCAUUAAAUGUUUGUGUACCUAAGUAAUUGUCUGUGGAUGAGUUGAAGUCGGAGGGCUAUUAAUUUUCGAGUUGUUUUGAAUAUGGAAUGCAAUUUGUUUAGCGAUAGGUUAUUAUUGGUUUUCAGAACAGAAAGUAAUUUAUAAAGACUUAAGUAUUGAUUUAUAUUGAAUAUGGAUCGGUCAUGAUUUUCUGAGAACUAAUAACAGUCGUACAACAUUUAAGGAACUAGUACUGUAAUAGGUCUACUUUAAUAUUUAAAAUGGUUGGACCUAUUUGAGAAAUGUGUACUAAAUGGACUACCAUUAAUGUUUAGUUUCACACAAGACUAAUUACAAAACCGCUAAUUUAUUGAAUUUUUUAAUCUUUUAGUUACGUUAAAAGAUAUAUGUAGUAAUAAGUUGGACUGUGA